CAGACACGAUAAGUCCACCAACAGAACUUAUGUAAAGACAUAUUCUGUAGAUCGCAGAUAGAUCAACUUUUUGGGCAACUGGCAUCAGGCACGGGGACAUCAACCUGAGAAUUUAUAAUACCUCAUUGAGUCAAGAGAUUUACCAACACCCAAGAUCAGAAGGAUUUCUGACAGCUGUAUUGGCGCAUUAUGCUCCGACCCUCAUCACAGAAGUAUGUAUUGACCAGACCGCUGUACUCAGAGGACGCCUUUGAGGAAGAGCAUGCAAAGAUCUAUCGGAAACACAAGAACCUGCUGGAUCAUGUUAAGGAGUACUUGACCUGUAACUCCAAACGUGCAAAGAAUGUCGCCCUUUCCCUGCUGCCUGUCAUUGGGUGGAUCAAGAUAUAUUCAGUCAAAGAAUGGCUGGUAAACGACAUUGUGUCUGGCAUCAGUACUGGACUGGUAGCUGUCCUACAAGGACUAGCCUACAGUUUGCUGGCAUCCAUCUCUCCCUGGUAUGGAUUAUAUGCUGCGUUUUUUCCAGUCAUUAUUUAUUUUUUCUUAGGCACCUCUCGGCACAUUUCUGUGGGAGCUUUUCCUGUGUUGAGUCUCAUGGUGGGGACGGUAGUGACCCGACUGGUUCCCGAUGAGGGUCCACCUGCCAACAUCACCGGUUUCGAGGGCCUGACAAAAGAUGAACAGAGAGCCGUAGUGUCAGCCUCACUCACUUUCCUAAUAGGCUUAUUCCAGCUUGGUAUGGGGCUGCUACAAGUGGGCUUCAUCGUCAGGUAUCUCUCUGAUACUCUGAUAUCAGGAUUUACCACCGCAUCUGCUGUUCACAUUAUGGUUUCCCAAUUCAAGUUUAUAUUUGGCCUGAGCGUGCCAGGUUUCAGUGGUCCAUUUGCCAUUAUAUACACUCUCGAGAAAGUAUUUGUCCAGAUCACCUCAACGAACAUCCACGAUCUGGUCACAGCGAUUGUGGUGAUGGUCGUGGUGCUAGCUGUAAAAGAGGUUAAUGAGAGAUUUAAAUCAAAGUUACCCGUGCCCAUCCCUAUCGAGGUGAUGAUGACCAUCAUAGCAUGCGGAGUCUCCUAUGCGUUCAAAUUCAAGGAAAAUCAUGCUGUGGAUGUGGUGGGGAGAAUCCCAAACUCGUUUGAGACCCCAAUGGCUCCCAAUCUGCAGGUUUUCCAGAUGACAGUGAUGGAUGCUUUCCCAAUGGCUGUUGUGGGAUUUGCCGUGGCCUAUGCAGUGGCUAAAGUCUAUUCUGUUAAACACGACUACCUUAUAGAUGGAAACCAAGAACUUAUUGCAUUCGGGACAAGCAACAUCUUUGGAGGAGCAUUCAAGUCUCUGGCCGUCAGCACAGCUCUCUCUAGAAGCGCAGUUCAAGAGAGCACGGGAGGAAAAACACAGAUAGCCGGUCUCCUCUCUGCCAUGAUAGUGUUGCUGGUAACCCUGGUUAUUGGGUUUUUAUUGGAACCACUACCAAAGUCAGUGCUGGGUGCUGUUGUAAUCGUGAACCUGAAGGGAAUGUUAAUGCAGGUUGUUGAGGUCCCAUAUCUGUGGAAGAAAGAUCGUCCUGAUUGUAUUGUUUGGGUGGGCACGUGUGUGGCAUCCAUAUUACUGGGGCUGGAUUUAGGACUUGCUGUAGGACUAGGAGUGGAGUUGCUCACUGUGGUCUUCAGGGCUCAGUUCCCACGUUGCUGUGUCUUGGCUAAUAUUGCAGGGACUGAUAUCUACAGAGAUCGCAAGGACUACAUCAAUAUCUACGAACCAGAGGGCGUGAAGAUUUUCAGAAUUCCGUCUCCUAUUUUCUUUGCCAAUAUCGAUUUUCUUAGAGACAAACUGAAUGAGACUGUGGGCUUCAAUCCCCUGAGAGUAUUGAGGAAGAGGAACAAGGCUGUGAAGAAAAUUAAGAAGCUACUAAAGAAAGGAGAGCUGAUCUUAACAUCCAAAGGACUACAGGCCACAUGCUCAAUAAUAUCCUACGAAGAAUCAGAAUAUGAAAGCAAUGCGGAGGAACUGGAUCAGCCCACGGAUUAUUCAGGUCUUCCGAUCCAGGUGAACUGGAACUCAGAACUUCCUGCCAACAUCCGUGUCCCUCAAGUGAACAUCCACAGUUUGGUCCUGGACUUCUCUACAGUCUCAUUUCUAGAUAUAUGUGCACUCAAGGGUCUUAAAACGGCCUUAAAGGAAUUUAUUCGCAUUGACGUUGAAGUUUACAUUGUCGGCUGUGAUCCAUACAUAAUAGAGAACCUGAGGAAAUGUCAUUUCUUCGAUGAUGAAAUAAAGACCUCGAUCUUCUUCUUGACCAUCCAUGAUGCAAUGCUCUGGAUUCACGAGUGCCAUCCACCAAUAACUGUGAGCGAAAAGGUUCAAGGAAGCAUCCCUUACAUGAAUGGCAGCAACAAAAAGACCAACAGGUUGAGAAUCCAGGAUGUGGAGGACAGCACAGAGGAAGAUGGGCCAGAUGCUAAAUCAGAAACAAGAUUGUAGCGCGAACCCUCUUAACACACCCUACAUGUAAAACUCUGGUGAGAUUAUAAAUCAAUGUACAUAAGCAUUAACUUGAUUUCACAGAUUGUAACAUUUGUACGUUGUGAAUUACUGUGUCAUGUAAAUGUGUAAGAAAAUAUUGGAUUCCAGUUAAAUUAAGAUCUUUUGUACUUAAUGUACUCUUCUACAUGUACUUUUUUCCGUUUUGAUAGUAUGUAUUUUUAUGUGUUUCUAAAAUAUAAAAAAAAUCCAAAUGUUUUUUAAA